UCCAACUUCGGUGUCCCCACACGGCUUCUACUGACAGCUUCAGGUGAAGACUGGCUAAAACUGGACUGGGUUGAUGUCUACAAUGCCCAUACCGAGCAGUCUUACCAUUUUCUGUGCCCUAAUGACGGUUGCCAGUUAUCUACUGAUUCUACGGAGGGUAGCAGGCAGCUUCUUCUGGCUGUUGAUGGUCCUAAGAAGUGGCGUGAAGAUAUACAUUGCGGAGAGAGCUACCCCUCAGAAGACGGUAACCCUGCUGAAUGUGACCCUGAAGGUAUUUACCCAUGCUGCUCCCCGUUCAACUGGUGCGGCGACACCGCAGACCACUGCUACUGUCCGGACUGUGUCGACUACAGGGACAAACUUUCAGCUCCUAAGAAGUGGCGAGAAGACGGUCAGUGUGGAGAGGGCUUCCCUGCUGCAGACGGUAACCCUGCUGAGUGCGACCCUGGUGGUAUUUACCCAUGCUGCUCUCCAGCAAACUGGUGCGGCAACACCGCAGACCACUGCGACUGUCCGGACUGUGUCGACUAUAGAGACAAAACCUCAGAGCAUCUUCACCUGACGAUCAGGACGAGUUCAUCUGAGUACACUAGGUUUCCCGAUCCUCUCACCAUUGAAGUCUUCUCUGACGAUUGUGAUGGUGUCUGCACAACAGUGACCAUAUCCGAACUUACAAGCAGUGGGACCGAGUUCGAUCGAACCUUCACAGUUCCAAUUGCAAACUUCGGUGUCCCCACACGGCUUCGACUGACAGCUUUAGGUGAACACUGGCUCAAACUAGGCUGGGUGGAUAUCUACAAUGCCUAUACCGAGCAGUCCUACCGUUUUCUGUGCCCCAAUGACGGUUGUCAGUUAUCAACUGACUCAUCGGAGGGCAGCGGACAGCUUCUCUUGGCUGUCGAUGCUCAGAAGAAGUGGCGCGAAGACUUCCGAUGCGGAGAGGGCUACCCUGCAGCAGACGGUAACCCGGCUGAGUGCGACCCUGCCUUUGUUUCCCCAUGCUGCUCUCCAGCAAACUGGUGCGGCAGCAGCCCAAACCACUGCGACUGCCCGGAUUGUGUCGACUACAGGAACACGGGAGGUUUCUUUAUCAAUAAGCUCCUUGUUCUGACCGAAUCUUGUCAGGAGGGAAACGGGACGUCCUACCGAGGAACUGUCGCUGUGACGGAAACAGGCAGGACAUGCCAACGCUGGGACAGUCAGACACCGCACGGACACAACUACACGGCAGCUAACUACCCGUCAGCAGGCCUGGAGGAGAACUACUGUCGGAACGCUGGCGACUGGGCCGAGGUCUGGUGCUACACCACGGAUCGCAACAAGAGAUGGGAGCGGUGUGACGUGCCGGUCUGUGAAACAGGGCAGCACAGUGUGGCGAUCAAGACGAGUCGUACUACCGGCUCCCAGAGUGCGGGGUUUGUCACGAUCGACAUCUUUUCUGACGACUGUGAUGGCGUCUGCACAUCAAUUACGGUGACAGGACUUACAGAUAGAGGGACCGAGUACAAUCCAAAAAUUAAGGCGAACUCCCCUUCUAAUGAAUACGUCUUAAUUUUCUCGCAUGCGCAAUGCCAAAGGACCGAGUACAAUCGGACCUUUGCAGCGGCCAACUUCGGUGCACCCGAGAGGAUUCGGCUGACAGCUUCGAGUGACGACUGGCUGAAACUGGACUGGGUUAAAGUCUACAAUGGUUUCACGGGGCGAUCCUACCAUUUUCCGUGUCCGAGUAAAGCCAAGGGCUGCCAGUUGUCCACGGACAAUACGGAGGGCCAUGAGCAUAUAGACCUGUUUGUUAAUUUCUGUCCAGAAUGGUACGUGCCGUUCAGGUCAGGACGCCAGUGUUUCCGCUUCGCCCUCUAUGAGAAGAACUACACCGCAGCCAGGGCCGAUUGUGAGGCUGACGGUGGGCACCUGGCUAUACCUAGCAACCCUGCCACAAACCGCUACCUGGUCGACCACAUAACGGUCAAGUACCCCAGCGGCCUCCACGUGUGGUUCGGCCUGACAGACCUCGCGGAGGAGGGGACCUGGGUGUGGGCGGACGGAACGCAGCUCGGCAGCGGCUGGUCCAACUGGGCACCCGAGCAGCCUGACAACGCUGCACCGGGCGGUGAGAACUGCGGCCACUGGACGGCGGACAACGAGUAUAUGUGGAACGACUACGAAUGCUCUAAGGUUACUUACUACGUGUGUGAAGUCCCCGCCUUAACUUGAGCCAGAGGUGGUCUUACUUGUUUUUCUCCUCAGCCCACAUUAGCCUGAAUAAAUCCCGCUUAUUGCAGCCCGCCCAACAUCCGGUCGGCCUCUGCGGGGCAGCGUAGAGUUUGUGAUACAUAGAUUACAUAUAUGCAAAAUUCGCAAAAUUGUGUACUACCCCCAGAG